GGCAGCAUCCUCUCCACGCUCGGCGGCUCGGGACCUUUCCUCUGUGGGAUGAAGACGGAAGAGCCUCUCGCAUGGAAGGAAGGAGCGCAGCUUGCACGACGCACCUGUGGCAGGUUUCAAAAUGUCCAACAUAAGGUGAUGAGACGCCUGGAGUUUGUCUAGAAGUCAGUGUUGUUCGCUAAACUUUGGAUUGUGGCGGUGAUAAGACGCACUUUUCUGUCCUGUUGGAUUGGAGUUUCUGUCCACGAUGAAGAGUCAACCUUGAGCAGAAGACAUGGAUUUUGCGCGGAGAGUUUGGCUGUACCUUCUUCUAAAAACCGAAGAACUCAACUCUGGAAAUGAUGCUGUAAAUCUCAGAGUUUCAUAUCUGUAAGUAAAUUCUAGUACAGGAGAAUCAGGAUGAAAAGAUGGCAGCCAUGCUGUUACCAACGGGUCCUGAUGGCUUGCGGCGGUUCACUCGCGAAUCCUUGGCUGCGCUGGAGCAGCGGAUUGCGGAGGAGCAGGCCAAGAAAGCCAAGGAUUGCCAGGAGGCUCACAGGAACACAGAGCCACCCAAACCCAGGGCCGACCUCGAGGCAGGCAAACAGCUGCCGCGCAUCUUCGGUGACAUCCCUACAGAACUUAUCGGGGUGCCACUGGAAGACAUUGAUCCGUUUUACUACAAGAACCAGAGGACUUUUAUAGUACUUAACAAAGGGAAGGCCAUCUUCAGAUUCAGUGCCACAUCUGCAAUUUACAUAUUUAGUCCAUUUCACUUCAUCAGAUCGAUCGCCAUCAAAAUUUUAGUCCAUUCGUUGUUCAGCUUGUUCAUAAUGUUCACCAUUCUGACCAACUGUUUCUUCAUGGCCAUGUCCGACCCGGCACCAUGGACAAAGUACCUGGAGUAUACAUUCACUGGCAUUUACACUUUCGAGUCAGCGAUAAAGAUAUUAGCGAGAGGAUUCUGUAUAAUGCCAUUCACCUUCUUGAGAGAUCCGUGGAACUGGCUGGACUUCUCCGUCAUCGUCAUGGCAUAUGUGACAGAAUUCGUAGACCUUGGAAACGUCUCAGCAUUAAGAACCUUCAGAGUACUACGAGCACUGAAAACCAUCUCAGUUAUCCCGGGUCUGAAGACCAUCGUCGGCGCGUUGAUCCAGUCUGUGAGGAAGCUGGCAGACGUGAUGAUCCUGACCGUCUUCUGUCUCAGUGUGUUCGCCCUCAUCGGCCUGCAGCUCUUCAUGGGGCUGCUGCGACAAAAGUGCAUCCGCAGCCUCACGCACUGCAUCAACUCCUCCUACAGCUCCAACGCGUCCUUCAUCUGCAACAACAGAACCUGGAGCUCCAGGGCGGACUUCCUCAGCAGCGAAGAUAAUUUUUACAAAGUUGAAGGAGCAAAGGAUGCCUUAAUAUGUGGAUACGGAAGUGAUGCAGGGAAGUGUCCAGAUGGAUUUGACUGCCUAAAAGUAGGGAGGAAUCCAAACUAUGGCUACACCAGUUUUGAUACCUUCGGCUGGGCUUUUCUGGCCCUCUUCAGACUCAUGACACAAGACUACUGGGAGAAACUGUUUCACCAGACGCUGCGCUCAGCAGGGAAGACCUACAUGGUUUUCUUUGUGCUGGUAAUCUUCCUAGGCUCAUUCUACCUGGUCAACCUCAUCCUGGCUGUGGUGGCCAUGGCCUACGAGGAGCAGAAUCAGGCGACCAUCGCUGAGGCCUGGCAGAAGGAGAGGGAGUUUCAGCUGGCUAUGGAGCACCUUCGCAGAGAGCAAAGAUUGGCAGUAAAAAGGCAACAAGCGCAGGAUACAGACUCAGUGUUGUCCCCGGAGUUGUCUCCAUUCUGUCUGAAGACAGGCAGCAUACGUCGAAGCAGCAGCAGAAGGAGAAGAUCGCACAGGACGUUGUCGGAGGAAACAGCAGAGGAAGCUGCUGAAGAGAAGUUUGACCCACUGGAUGAACCAAUGCCUCCUCUGUCUCCCCUCCCGGUCCACCCUCUGCUGGCCACGCUCUCCUCUCACCCCCUGAGCACCAGGAGAGGAAGCCAGGUCAGCAUCUUCAGUGCUUUCCGGGCACGGAACAACUCAGAGGCUGAUUUUGGGGACGACGAGUUCAGCUUUCAUGGGGACGCCAUCAGGAGUCGCACCAGUUCCACAGCAACGCCCUGGAAGAGGAGGACAGGCAGUGUACGGAGCCACUGCUCCCAAAUCUUCACCCCCAGCCUCAACGUCAAUGGCAGACUUAACAUCUCCCUGGACCACAAUGGAGUCACCACUCUGGGCCUGCACACUCCCACCUCCAUGCCUGCCUACAGCAUGGAGAGGAUCAGGGAAGACGCUAAGCCCACCGCUGAAGAGGAGACAGCACCCAGACAUCUCCUCCAGCCUUCCCCGACGGUGACUGAGCCUCCUCCAGUGCAAAGGAAAAGAGGGCUGAGCUCUGUCAGCUUCCUCAGCGAUGCCAUGGGUGAGCUGGAGGUGUCGAGGCAGAAGUGUCAUCCCUGCUGGUACACAUUAGCCAAGAAGUACCUGAUAUGGGACUGCUGCCCCUGGUGGCUGAAGAUGAAGGAGUGGGUGAAGUUAAUGGUGAUGGAUCCUUUCCUGGAUCUGGGUAUCACCAUAUGCAUUGUGCUGAACACCCUCUUCAUGGCCCUGGAGCACUACCCCAUGACUGACGAGUUCAACACCAUGCUUUCAGUGGGCAAUCUGGUUUUCACAGGGAUCUUUACAGCUGAGAUGGUGCUGAAGCUGAUUGCCAUGGACCCCUACUACUACUUCCAACAGGGCUGGAAUAUCUUUGAUGGCGUCAUUGUUUGCCUCAGUCUGAUGGAGUUGGGUCUGUCUAAUGUGGAGGGGCUGUCUGUCCUGCGAUCUUUCAGACUGUUACGAGUCUUCAAGCUGGCAAAGUCCUGGCCCACUCUCAACACUCUCAUCAAGAUCAUCGGCAACUCGGUGGGCGCCCUGGGAAACCUGACGCUGGUGUUGGCCAUCAUCGUCUUCAUCUUCGCUGUGGUGGGCAUGCAGCUGUUUGGCAAAAACUACCAGGACUGUGUGUGUAAGAUCUCCAUCGACUGUCAGCUGCCUCGCUGGCACAUGAAGGACUUCUUCCACUCCUUCCUUAUUGUGUUCCGCGUGCUGUGCGGCGAGUGGAUCGAGACCAUGUGGGAUUGUAUGGAAGUGGCCGGGCAGCCCCUCUGCAUCCUGGUGUUCAUGUUGGUCAUGGUCAUAGGAAACCUGGUGGUGUUGAAUCUUUUUCUGGCCCUGCUGCUCAGCUCCUUCAGCUCUGACAACCUCUCCGCUCCCGACGAAGAUGGCGAUUUGAACAACAUCCAGAUCGCCAUUGCCCGCAUCCACUCUGGCGGAUCCUGGCUCAUCACGAGCAUUGUGGACCUCUUCAACCGCGGCGUGAAGCGUCGGAAGGAGAAGGCCAAAGACGCCGGUCAGGCCAUAAAGCUAGUCGGAAAUCAUGUGGAAAGCAAUGGUGGGAUUUUUGGACGUUAUGGAGAGAAGUACAUCAUACCAGAGGGGGACAGCUAUAUGACGAACCCCAACUUGACUGUCAUUGUUCCCAUCGCGCCCGGAGAGUCAGACGUGGAGUUUCUCGAGGACGAGGAGAUUUCAGAGUCAUCAGAGGAUGAAGACAACAAACCGGAAAAAGUCAGCCUAUCAGAGGGCAGCACGGUGGAUCUGAGGAGGCCUGGAGAAGAAAUAGACAACCUAUCAGAACUAGCUGAAGAGAGUAUGGAGCCAGAGGACUGCUUCCCAGAAUUGUGCAUGAGGCACUGUCAGUGCUGUGAAAUCGAUACCAGCCGCGGUCUGGGCGAGUUCUGGUGGAGGCUGAGGAAGACCUGCUACCAGAUUGUGGAACACAGCUGGUUUGAGACUUUCAUCAUCUUCAUGAUCCUGCUCAGCAGUGGAGCUCUGGCAUUUGAAGAUAUCUACAUCGAGAAGAGAAAAGUUGUAAAGGUGGUGCUGGAGUACGCUGACAAAGUCUUCUCCUACAUCUUUGUGCUGGAGAUGUUCCUCAAGUGGAUUGCAUACGGCUUUAAGAAAUAUUUCACUAACUACUGGUGUUGGCUUGAUUUUCUCAUCGUGGAUGUGUCCUUGAUAAGCCUGGUGGCUAAUUCACUGGGAUACUCCGACUUUGCUGCAAUCAAGUCCCUGAGGACUCUGCGGGCUUUAAGACCUCUCAGAGCUCUGUCCAGAUUUGAGGGCAUGCGGGUGGUCGUGAACGCGCUCAUCGGAGCCAUCCCCUCCAUUAUGAAUGUGCUGCUGGUGUGUCUCAUCUUCUGGCUCAUCUUCAGCAUCAUGGGGGUCAACCUGUUCGCUGGCAAGUUCGGGAAGUGCGUGAACAGAACAGGCUUCAUCCACAGUGUCUCUCUAGUCAACAACAGGACAGAGUGUCUCAUGAUGAACGACACCCAGUUCUACUGGACAAAGGUGAAGGUCAACUUCGACAAUGUGGGACUUGGCUACCUUUCCCUUCUGCAAGUGGCGACAUUUAAAGGAUGGAUGGAAAUAAUGCAUGCAGCCGUUGACUCAAGAGGAGUGGAGGAACAACCCAUCCGAGAAAUCAACCUCUACAUGUACCUCUACUUUGUCGUCUUCAUCAUAUUCGGCUCCUUCUUCACCCUCAACCUCUUCAUUGGCGUCAUUAUUGACAAUUUCAAUCAGCAGAAAAGAAAGAUGAGUGGACAGGAUAUCUUCAUGACUGAGGAACAGAAGAAGUACUACAACGCUAUGAAGAAAUUAGGAUCUAAAAAGCCACAAAAGCCAAUACCAAGGCCUGCGAAUAUUAUCCAGGCCUUCUUCUUCGAUCUUGUGUCCAGGCAAGCCUUUGACAUCAUGAUCAUGAUGCUCAUCAUUGUCAACAUGGUGACAAUGAUGGUGGAAACCGACGAGCAGUCGGAGCGCAUGGAGUCCAUCCUCAACAAGAUCAACCUGGUCUUCAUCGUCAUCUUCACCACUGAAUGCCUGAUCAAGAUCUUUGCCCUACGUUGCUAUUUCUUCACCGUAGCGUGGAACAUCUUUGACUUUGUGGUGAUAAUUCUCUCUAUUGUGGGGAUUGUUCUUGCAGACAUCAUUGAGAAGUACUUUGUAUCUCCGACCCUGUUUCGAGUCAUCAGACUGGCGAGGAUAGGACGUGUACUUCGACUUAUACGUGCAGCCAAAGGAAUUAGGACUCUACUGUUUGCCUUAAUGAUGUCCAUGCCAGCACUGUUCAACAUUGGCCUCCUGCUUUUCCUCGUCAUGUUCAUCUAUGCUAUCUUCGGUAUGGCGAACUUUGCCUAUGUGAAAAAACAAGACGGGAUUGACGACAUGUUUAACUUUGAGACCUUUGGGAAUAGUAUGAUCUGCCUUUUUCAGAUCAGCACCUCGGCAGGCUGGGACAACCUGCUGAGUCCCAUCAUGGCCAGCCCCCCAGAGGAGUGCGACAUUAACUUUGUCAAUACUGGCACCAACACCCGGGGAAACUGCGGCAGCCCCUCAGUGGGCAUCGCUUUCUUUGUCAGUUACAUCAUCAUCUCUUUCCUCAUUGUGGUAAAUAUGUAUAUAGCUAUCAUUCUGGAGAACUUCAGCGUUGCCACAGAGGAGAGCACAGAGCCGCUGAGCGAGGACGACUUUGAGAUGUUUUAUGAGGUUUGGGAGAAGUUUGAUUCGGAGGCCACGCAGUUCAUUGAGUUUUCCAUGCUGUCGAUCUUCGCUGACACUUUGUCUGAGCCGCUGCGCAUAGCCAGGCCCAACAAGAUCAAGCUGAUCUCCAUGGACCUUCCCAUGGUCAGCGGGGAUCGGAUCCACUGCCUGGAUAUCCUGUUUGCCUUCACAAAGCGUGUCCUGGGAGAGUCGGGUGAGAUGGACGCCCUCAAGCAGCAAAUGGAGGAGAAGUUCAUGAUGACCAACCCCUCCAAGGUUUCCCACGAGCCCAUCACUUCCACGCUGCGCCGCAAACUGGAGGAGGUGUCUGCAAUCAUCAUCCAGAGGUGUUACAGGAGGCAUCUGGUGCGUCGGCAGAUGAAGCAGGCGUCCUACCUCUACAGACAGAUAAACUACGAGACUGUAGUGGAUGUGGAGAACGCUCCAGAGACGGAGGGACUGAUCGCCUCCAUGAUGCAGCACUACGGACUCGUCGGGGAGGAGAUUGCACAGACAACAGAGGACGCUCUACUGUCCUCGCCACCAUCUUAUGACAGCGUGACCAGAGCAGCCAGUGAGCUCUCUGAGGUCGUCAGAUCAUUAUCCAGAGACUCUGAACUCGGGGAGCCUGGUGAAAACUACGAGGAAACUUUCCUUUGAGACUCGAUUGUGUGGAGAGUGUUUGUGUGGUUUUUGUCUGUUUUGUUUACAGCAGAGAAUUUAGCUAAAAAUAACUCACGGUCAAAGAGAUGAACCUUUUUUAUAUAUCAGUAAAUGCCGAGGAAAUAUGCAAUAUUUUUAAGUAACUCAGCCUCUGUUUAAAUUAAACAACCCAGAAGUCAAUUUUGUUACACAGUUUAGACCUCCGUAAGAGGAAGUUUAACUCGUCCUCACACCUUUUUAAAAAUUAACAUUUGGCAGAUAGUUUAUAAAAUCGAGAUAGAAAAGAAAUUGCUUAGUUUUAUGUAUAUUAAAUAUAAAUAACACAACACAUGAGUAUGUUUGACUUACAGACAGAGAAUUGUAUGAAAAGUUCCAAAAAAAUAACAAGAAAACUCAUCUGAUGCAACAAUCACAGGAAAUAAUCUGCCAAAAUUCAUCCACACUGCUCAUUUUAAACAAACUUCCUGCAAUUACUGCAUUCUCUGUUUGGGUUAGUUGUAAAGUUUAUCAGUUCAUCUGUACUGUUUUUGCUAUGCAUUGAAUACAAUAUGAAAUAUCCAUAAAAUAUGAGUCACUUUACUCAAUGAUAGAAAAGGGAUCCCUUAAGGAAAAACGUUUGGAACCACUGCACUAAAUGAACCGGUUAUCACGAGAAAACAAGCUCGUUAUAUUGAGAUAGGGCUGGGCGAUAUGGACAAAAAUUCAUAUCUCGGUAUUCACAGGCUAAACGGGGAUACACAACAAACAUCUCAGUAUUUUCUAUGAAAUGAGCUACAUGUUCAGCUGCAAGUCAAGCCACAUUUAAGAUAUCACACGCACUUUUAUAAAAACAGACUGUGAUUAAAAUAAAAUGCAAAGACAGGGAUUUUUUUCCCUGUUUGAAGAUAUACAGCUGCACAACAUGUCAAUGAAAUAUGAUGUAAAAUAGAUAGCAGGGCUGUAUGUUAACUUUUUGCACACAGCACUGGAGCUACAGAGGUUAAAAGGUUUGCAGCACAGGACACAAAACAUAGAGUAUAAAAGAAUCAAGUAAGUUUGAAACAAUUAAAAGUCUUUGUGGGGGAGUUAAAAAGUCAUUUUCCAUCUGUUGGCCUUUCAAAUGAAUCUAGUGCUGGAAAAUUAUUGUCUCAGUCUCAGAAUGUCAGAAUGUCUCACAUGUCACACAUUAGACCACAACUACCAAGAAGAACAGCGAUGCGCUAUGAUCCACCUCACACACAAACUAGCAAACACGCUCGCCUGACACGAUCAAGCAGUUCUGUCUCCCACACAUGCAGCACAGCGCUGUACUGCAUGUGUGCUACUGCGGUCAUUUCAUCCAACACAGACUGAUUUAGCGCAGCACGUGCAACAUAUAGACCAAUGUCACACUGUAGACCAAUGAACAGACAGAUUAAACAGAGGAGCAGCUCUGUGUCUCUCUGAAUGCUGCUAACGCCCAGCCCUAUACUGAGAUAGCCAAAUACGUAACUCGUUAUGUCAAAAUAAUGGCUUUAAUAGAAAUUAUUGCAACACGCCGUUCUUGGCCUCCAUACUAAUGAAGUAAAGAAGCCAACAAGUAAAGUAACGAAAAACAAACUCCGCUAAACAUGAGCAAUAUUAAUUCCAGAAAACAAAUUUUAGAGUUUGUCAGAACAGAUUCAAGCAGCUGUGACUACUAACCUGUGUUUGUGAUCAAAACACUAUGUUUGAAAAACUAUAUUUAUAGCUCCUUUUCCACUGCAUGAAAAACCCGCUUACAUCUGGCUUUUGCAUGUAAUAGGAAAUGUUACAAUCACCAUUCACACCAGGGUCAAAUGACUCUGCAGUAGUCAAGGUUAUUUAUCAGUUCUCAACGGCGCUGAUGGAAACACAACACCCGGGUGAACGGGCUAAUUUUAGCCACCACAAAUUACUAUCUGUCUCCACCCAAGCCGCGCUCAAACAUCAAUCCAAAUUCAUCUGCACAAAGUUUGAAAGAGAGACUGAAUUAGUAAGAGAUAUAUAAAAAGUGACCACUGAAAAGUCUUCACUGGCCUCCGUGUCGCUUUCUACUGUUUACUAACCUGUUUUCCGGCCUGUCCGUGACAUCGAACAUGGUGCACCAAUAAAUAACCACACACACAGAAAGGCUUUGUCUGCCACAGAGCUGCGUACACAGCUAUGGUCUUCUGGCAAUGGUAAAGGAGUUUUCAGACACCUUUCUCAAAUAUUUAAACCUUUGAACCCUGGGCUUAUUGAUGGGGUUUAUUAUGGGGAAAAAAGGCAAUGAGCAACUUGGUA